UCCGCAGGGCGCGGCGCAGUGCAUCCUGGGUCGGCGUAGCCAUGGCGGCUCGUGUCCUUUCCUCCUGUGUCCGCCGACUGCCCGCGGCCUUCGCGUCGCUUCCACGGCUCCCCACGCUGGCCGCUGUCCGGCCGCUCAGCACCACCCUGUGCCCCGCGGGGAUCCAGACGCGGCCCGGGGCUCCGCAGCCGGCGUCGCUGCUCGCGCAGGUUCCAGGCAGCAUCUCACAGCUGUGCCGCCAGUACAGCGACGCGCCCCCUCUGACGUUGGAGGCCAUCAAGGACCGCGUGCUCUAUGUCUUGAAACUCUACGAUAAAAUCGACCCACAGAAGCUCUCGGUCAAUUCCCAUUUUAUGAAGGACCUGGGCUUGGACAGUUUGGACCAAGUGGAGAUUAUCAUGGCCAUGGAAGACGAAUUUGGGUUUGAAAUUCCUGAUAUAGAUGCGGAGAAGUUGAUGUGUCCACAAGAAAUUGUCGAUUACAUUGCAGAUAAGAAGGACGUGUAUGAAUAAAGUACCAGACCCAUCCUCGCCGAGAAGACUCGGAAGACACAGGCGGUGUCUGGCCGUGAGGACGCAGGUCGGCGCUAUAGCUGACAUUGACAGACUGAUUCUGUUCAGACUUGUAUUUAAAUUGUCUAAGUGUUUUCGCCCUUUGAAAAUAAAUCUAUAAAACCAA